AUGAAGGUAAGAACCAAGCUUAAUCCGCAUCUUCGGUGGAAACAUGUGGCUCCUGAACAUUUGCAAUUGGAGUCGCUGAGAGUCGCUGUAAUUGGAGGUACCGGUGGAAUAGGCCAGGCACUCAGCCGUUUUUUAAAUUCAAAAGGCGCUGAUGUUACGGUGGUGGGUCAAACUUACAGAGAAGAUAGCGGCAGCGCUAUAAAAUUCAUAAAGGCGAAUUUAGAACUGAUGUCUGAGGCAAAACGAGUGGCCCGCGAACUUCUCUCGCAGCCUUAUGACCUGUACAUUUUCUCUGCAGGAAUCGUAGCAGCCACCGAACGAGAGGAAACUCUUGAAGGUUUCGAGCGGGACUUGGCAGUGAGUUAUCUAAAUCGGAUGGUCAUCUUGCGCACUAUUCUGCCAGAACUGGACAAGAUGCAUACAAACGAAUUGAAGAGACCUCGUGUGUUCAUUAUGGGAAACCCUGGCGCAGGCAUGCUUGGAAGUCCCAACGAUCUCAACUCGGAACGUCGGUACAGUGCCUUGCAAGCCCACUCAAACACAGUGGCUGGGAACGAGGCAUUAGUCUUCGACUGUGCAACUCGAUACCCAAACGUCAGUGUUUUUGGUUUGAAUCCGGGAUUUAUUAAGACCAACAUUCGUAACAAUCUUUUGGGUGCUGGAACUUGGAAAUCGCGCAUUGUAGAAGGGUUCAUAGGGUACUGGUUUCAAGAUGCGGACACAUAUGCCAAGCAUAUUGGGCCCUUGCUAGUGACGCCAGAUAUCGAUACGCAUAGCCCGGCUUUUUUCAAUUCUAAGGGUCAGGCAAUUUAUUCACAAGGGUUCACUAAACAUCAUGUUGAAUGGGUUAUUGCCAAGUCUGAAGAACUUUUGCAAAAAAACGAUGUCCUUUAUAGUAGAGCCGACCCCAAAUUUGGCUUGUCUCUGGCUCCUGACUGGCAAAAUAGCUAG